AUGGGUGUUUUCAGAUUCAUUUCCAUCUCUCUUGCGGCUGUGUCCGCCGCCAAUGCCGCCCAAAUCCUGUCUAUGCCUCAUGCGCAGACUGUUCCCAACUCAUACAUUGUCAUGAUGAAAGAUGACACCUCCGAUGAUGAUUUCAAACACCAUCAGAGCUGGCUCCAAUCUACUCAUACCCAUAACAUCACCCGCCGUGCAACCAUUCAAAACGCCGGCAUGAGACAUAAGUACAACUUCAACAAGAUGAAGGGAUACAGCGGUAUCUUCGACGACGAGACCAUCAAGGAUAUCGCCAAGGACCCUAAGGUUAUGUUCGUUGAGCCUGACACUAUCGUCUCCGUCCACGGAAAGGUUGAACAGAGCAACGUCCCAUCGUGGGGUCUUGCUCGAAUCUCCAACCCCCAGCCCGGAGCCGACAGCUACACUUACGACAGCUCUGCCGGUGAGGGUAUCACUGUCUACAGUGUCGACACUGGUGUCGAUGUCAACCACGAGGAUUUCGAGGGCCGUGCUAUCUGGGGUUCCAACCAGGUCAACGACGGUGAUGACAGAGAUGGCAGCGGCCACGGCACCCACACCUCCGGUACCAUGGUCGGUAAGAUGUAUGGUAUUGCUAAGAAGGCCAAGCUCGUUGCCGUCAAGGUCUUGGGUAACGAUGGAAGUGGCCCUACUAGUGGCAUCGUCGCCGGUAUUAACUGGUCUGUUGAGCAUGCUCGCCAGAACGGCGGCACUAAGAAGGCCGUCAUGAACAUGUCUCUCGGUGGUAGCUCUAGCUCUGCUCUCAACCGUGCUGCCGCCCAGGCCGUUGAACAGGGCAUGUUCCUUUCUGUUGCUGCCGGUAACGACAACCAGGAUGCUCAGAGCAGCUCUCCUGCUUCCGAACCCAGCGUCUGCACCGUCGGCUCUUCCGCAGAAGAUGAUAGCCGCUCCUCCUUCUCUAACUGGGGUCCAGCUAUUGACAUUUUCGCUCCCGGCUCCAACAUUGUCUCUGCCCGUCCAGGUGGUGGUUCCCAGUCCAUGUCUGGUACCUCCAUGGCCGCUCCUCACGUUGCUGGUCUCGCUGCCUACCUUAUGGCUCUCGAGGGUAUCUCUGGUGGUGCCGUCUGCGACCGUCUCAAGGAGCUUGGUACCUCCUCCAUCACCGAUGCCGGCCCAGGCACCCCAACCAACGUCCUCAUCAACAACGGCGGUGCUAAGGGUGGCCAACCCAACCCCAAUCCUGCCCCUGCCCCAUCUCCAUCCCAGCCCUCCGAGCCCCAGCAGCCAACCCCCAGCCAGCCCGGUCAGCCUGGCGAGCCCUUCCCGGGAGAGCCCUUCCCUGGCGAACCUUUCCCAGGACAACCUUUCCCAGGCGAGUCCGCUCCCGCCCCAGCCCCCGCCCCCAUGCCACCAACCCCCCAGCAUCCGCAUACCCCCUACCCAGGUGGUGAUAACUUCGACUUCGAUUCAUUCUGGAAGAAGUACUUCGGCGGUGAGCACUGGCGCAAGAUGUUUAGCAGCUUCUGGAACUAA